AUGGCGCUAGAGGCCCAAAUGUCAGGCGAUGCGGCGAAAGCAGAUAAGAUCUUGAACGCUUUACCAGGGAUCUCCAAAGAAGAACAACCAAAAAAAGCCGCCUUGACCGUAGUGAAGCACAUGGAGAAAGAGAAGGGAAACGUGGAGCCGGUGAAGGAAAACAGUAUUGUGCUGUUCCGAACCAAAGUCAAUACGUUCCUAGACCAAGGACUUCCUCCGUUCUUUGACAGGAAUAUGAAAGAGAUAAAAGGCAAGCAAACGUCCCUUCACCAAUAA